AUGGCUGCGACCAACCAAGCCCAAAAUGUGGCCGCCUUGGUUGCGCUGACUGACUGGAUCAACCGCCUCAACCUGGGUCCCGCCGUCCACGUUGCACCUGAGCAAGCGGCGAAGCUCAGCAAGAAGAACAAGAAGAAAAGCAAGAAGAAAAAGAAGGAGGCUGAGAUCACUCCACCAAAGUCCGCCGAGGCAAAGCAGAAGACGAAGGAAGAACUUGCGGCCGAGCGAGAAGCCGAGAUCGUGAAUGUGCUCAAUUUCUUCGACGAGCGCUAUCACUCCAAAUCCACCAAGCUCGAGGCAUACCAGACUUUCUGUGAGGAUCUCGGUGUCGAAGUUGGUCCAUCCAUCAGGAAGUGUAAGAAGAUCCUGAGUCAAGUCUUCGUUAACAUCUGCGAUCUCGUUGUUGCGAAGCAAGGAAAGACGCUGGUUCACCGCUUUCCGACCGCCACCCAGCUUCGGAAGUACUCCAAGGCAACUGAAAAAUUCUUUCCGCUCAAGAGAGCCAAGGAGGAUACGGUGCUUCACGAGCUCCUGAUCCACAUGCAUCGCUAG